ACGCGACCGCAUUAACGAAGGCCCCUUCGAUUGCCGUCGCAUAUACUGCCCUCGCGCACGCGCAGGCUGCCAGAGCCUAUGCGGGACGAGAGGUGGCGGCCAGGCAUCAGCCGAGGCAGCCUGAAAGGCCCGCCUCUCGUGGAGUUCCUUGCUCCCCCCACGUGCUUCUGCCGCCGGCAGGGAUCGGCCGGGUUCGGGGCUCAGUGAAAAUCUCUCACCAUGCAUCGGAAGAAGGUGGAUAACCGAAUCCGAAUUCUCAUUGAGAAUGGGGUAGCUGAGCGGCAGAGGUCUCUCUUUGUUGUAGUCGGGGACCGAGGGAAAGAUCAGGUGGUGAUACUCCAUCAUAUGUUGUCCAAAGCGACUGUAAGGGCGCGGCCUUCAGUGCUGUGGUGUUACAAGAAGGAGCUGGGGUUUAGCAGUCAUCGGAAGAAGAGAAUGAGACAGCUGCAGAAGAAAAUAAAGAACGGAACGCUGAACCUAAAGCAAGAUGACCCCUUUGAGCUCUUCGUAGCAGCCACAAACAUUCGCUACUGCUACUACAAUGAGACCCACAAGAUCCUGGGCAAUACGUUCGGCAUGUGUGUCCUCCAGGAUUUUGAAGCUUUAACUCCAAACUUGCUGGCCAGGACUGUGGAAACUGUGGAAGGCGGCGGGCUGGUGGUCAUCCUCCUGCGGACCAUGAACUCCCUCAAGCAGUUGUACACAAUGACCAUGGACGUGCACUCCAGGUACAGGACCGAGGCCCAUCAGGAUGUGGUGGGAAGAUUCAACGAAAGGUUUAUUCUCUCUCUGGCCUCUUGUAAGAAGUGUCUCGUCAUCGAUGACCAGCUCAACAUCCUGCCCAUCUCCUCACACGUGGCCAGCAUCGAGGCCCUCCCUCCGCAGGCUCCGGAUGAGCGUCUCGGUCCUUCUGAUGUGGAGCUGCAGGAGUUGAAGGAGAGCUUGCAGGACACGCAGCCUGUGGGCGUGCUGGUGGACUGCUGCAAGACCCUGGACCAGGCAAAAGCCGUCUUGAAAUUCAUCGAGGGGAUCUCGGAGAAGACCCUGAGAAGCACCGUCGCGCUCACAGCUGCCCGAGGACGGGGAAAGUCUGCAGCCCUGGGCCUGGCUAUUGCCGGGGCUGUGGCUUUUGGGUACUCCAACAUUUUUGUUACCUCCCCGAGCCCCGAUAACCUGCACACCUUGUUCGAAUUUGUAUUUAAAGGAUUCGACGCUCUGCAGUAUCAGGAGCAUCUGGAUUAUGAAAUCAUUCAGUCUCUCAAUCCUGAGUUUAACAAAGCCGUGAUCAGAGUGAACGUGUUCCGGGAGCAUAGGCAGACCAUUCAGUAUAUACAUCCUGCAGAUGCUGUGAAACUGGGCCAGGCUGAGCUUGUUGUGAUUGAUGAAGCUGCCGCCAUCCCCCUUCCCCUCGUCAAGAGCCUGCUUGGCCCCUACCUUGUCUUCAUGGCGUCUACCAUCAACGGCUAUGAAGGAACUGGCCGGUCCCUGUCCCUCAAGCUAAUUCAGCAGCUCCGGCAGCAGAGUGCCCAGAGCCAGGUCAGCACCACGGCUGAGAACAAGACCACAACGACGGCCAGGCUGGCAUCAGCGCGCACCUUGCAUGAGGUGUCCCUGCAGGAGUCCAUCCGGUACGCCCCUGGGGACGCGGUGGAGAAGUGGCUCAACGACCUGCUGUGCCUCGACUGCCUCAACAUCACACGCAUCAUCUCGGGCUGCCCCUUGCCCGAGGCCUGUGAGCUCUACUAUGUCAACAGAGAUACCCUCUUCUGCUACCACAAGGCCUCCGAGGUUUUCCUUCAGCGGCUCAUGGCUCUCUACGUGGCUUCCCACUACAAGAACUCUCCCAACGACCUCCAGAUGCUUUCGGAUGCACCUGCUCACCAUCUCUUCUGCCUUCUGCCUCCUGUGCCCCCCACCCAGAAUGCCCUUCCCGAAGUGCUUGCCGUCAUCCAGGUGUGCCUUGAGGGGGAGAUUUCUCGCCAGUCCAUCUUGAACAGCCUGUCUCGAGGCAAGAAGGCCUCGGGGGACCUGAUUCCGUGGACAGUGUCUGAGCAGUUUCAGGAUCCGGACUUCGGCGGCCUUUCUGGUGGUCGGGUCGUUCGCAUCGCUGUUCACCCGGAUUAUCAAGGGAUGGGCUACGGCAGCCGUGCGCUGCAGCUGCUGCAGAUGUACUACGAAGGCAGAUUCCCUUGUCUGGAGGAAAAGGUCCUGGAGACAUCCCAGGAGAUUCACACCGUGAACAGCGAGGCUGUCAGCCUGUUGGAAGAGGUCGUCACUCCUCGGAAAGACCUGCCGCCUCUACUCCUCAAGCUGAACGAGAGGCCUGCUGAGCGCCUGGACUACCUGGGUGUGUCCUAUGGCCUGACACCCCGGCUCCUCAAGUUCUGGAAACGGGCUGGGUUUGUUCCUGUUUACCUGAGACAGACCCCGAAUGACCUGACUGGAGAACACUCGUGCAUCAUGCUGAAGACGCUGACCGACGAGGAUGAGGCCGAGCGGGGAGCCUGGCUUGCGGCCUUUUGGAAAGAUUUCCGAAGGCGGUUCCUGGCCUUGCUCUCCUACCAGUUCAGCACCUUCUCCCCUCCCCUGGCCCUGAACAUCAUUCAGAACCGGCACGCGGGGAAGCCGGCCCAGCCAGCCCUUAGCCGGGAGGAGCUGGAUACGUUCUUCCUCCCCUACGACCUGAAGCGGUUGGAGAUGUACUCCUGGAACAUGGUCGACUAUCACCUCAUCAUGGACAUGAUCCCGGCCAUCUCCCGCCUGUAUUUCCUGAACCAGCUGGGGGACCUGGCCCUGUCUGCUGCCCAGUCAGCUCUUCUCCUGGGGAUUGGCCUGCAGCAUAAGUCCGUGGAGCAGCUGGAGAAGGAGAUCGAGCUGCCCUCGGGCCAGCUCAUGGGACUGUUCAACCGCGUCAUCCGCAAGGUCGUGAAGCUGUUCAACGACGUGCAGGAAAAGGCCAUUGAGGAGCAGAUGGUGGCUGUGAAGGAUGUGGUCAUGGAGCCCACGAUGAAGACUCUGAGUGACGACCUGGAUGAAGCCGCAAAGGAGUUCCAGGAGAAGCACCGGAAGGAAGUGGGGAAGCUGAAGCACAUGGACCUCUCCGAGUACGUCAUCCGCGGCGACGACGAGGAGUGGAACGAGGUUUUGAACAAAGCCGGCCAGAACGCCUCGAUCGUGAGCCUCAAGAGUGACAAGAAAAGGAAGAUGGAAGGCAAACAAGAAGCAAAGCAGAACAAGAAGUUGAAGAAAAGCAGAGACACAAGGAACAAAAAAGACACGAAACUGAAGCGGAAGAAGUAGUAAAGAGACCUGGGCAGCAGCGGCCGGCCUCGGGAACUCCUGAGCCUUCUGUGGGUGGCCCGGGCAGCCUGGACUGUUGUUUUUGUUUUGUUUUUUAAAAAAGAAUAAACAAAAACAAAAAAAACAAA